GGAGCAGCGAGCGCAGGGGCUGCUCGGCCCGCCGUCCCUGGGCUCCGGGGUGCUGCCUCCAGGUGGGUUUUGGGCGAAGAGCUGGGCCUCGCCACCAGCGUAGCUACCGAACCAGAAGCUGGAGCUUCUUCCCCCGGCCUCUGCAGUCGCCUGGGUUUCAUCGAGCUGGGCAUCGUGUUAGGACGGACCGGGAUUGACAGGAGGGAAGAUGCGGUGCCAGCUCCUGCGAGCUGGGCGGUGGCACCGCCAAGCCACGGAACUAUCGAUCGUUUCGACCCCAAGCUGGAUUUGAACCUGGGAUCUAAAGGAGCAGGCAAAGCUCCGAUCCGGUUCCCAGCGCAGGUGUGUUUCUGCUUGGCAGCAUGACCAGUGAGGUGGUGGAGGACGAGAUGGAGUUUUAUUCCAAGGCUCAGAAGUACUGGAAGGACAUACCCCCUACCGUGGAUGGCAUGCUGGGCGGGUAUGGCCACAUCUCCAGCAUUGACAUCGAUAGCUCCAAGAAGUUCCUGCUAAAGUUUCUUCGGGACGGCCCCAACAAGACAGGGGCCCACUGUGCCCUGGACUGUGGGGCUGGGAUUGGCAGGAUCACCAAGAGGCUGCUCCUGCCCCUUUUCAAAACUGUGGACAUGGUGGACGUGACACAAGACUUCCUGACCAAGGCGAGGACCUACCUGGGGGAGGAGGGCAGGCGUGUGAGGAACUACUUCUGCUGCGGCCUGCAGGACUUCAGCCCCGAGCCUAACACCUACGAUGUCAUCUGGAUUCAGUGGGUGAUAGGACAUCUGACCGACAACCACCUAUCUGACUUCCUGAAGCGAUGCAAGGCCGGCCUGCGUCCCAAUGGCAUCAUCGUCAUCAAGGACAACAUGGCUCAGGAAGGAGUCAUCAUGGAUGAUGUGGACAGCAGCGUGUGCCGGGACCUGGACGUGGUCCGCAAGAUCAUCCGGCGCGCGGGGCUUAAUCUCCUGGCCGAAGAACGACAGGAGAACUUCCCGGAUGAAAUCUACCACGUUUAUACUCUUGCCAUGCGAUGAACCCCGGCUGGAGGUGGUUUGCCAAGAGGUACCCUGUGCCAGCUUGGAGCAUGGGACCAGCACAGAAGGUUCCUCCUGGGGGUAGGGGUGAAGUUGCCACCAGUAAUAGGGUCUGGAAGCUUCACGUUGGGCACCUGGGGGUGUCCUGAGUACCCUGCUGGGGCUGGUUAAGAGGACGGGGCUCGUCUUCCACAUGACUGCUGUUUGUGAAGAGAUGUCUGCCAAAUACACUCUUGCUUUAUUGCA